GAAACAAUUUGAUUUUGUAGUUCAGAAGAAAACAAUUCUGCCACACAUCGGCAGGGACGGCAGCAGUAGCAAGCUAGUUAUGCACAAUAUUACUCUUACUAAUAUUUUCUGCAUCGAAUAUUUUAAAUGGAUCACUUCGAGGAAGAUUUAGUCGCUGCAUUAAGAGAAAUUGUCAAAGACGGAAACUGGCAAUGUGUAGGAAAGAAGUGUGAUUUUGACUCACCAUGCACAAAGCUGUACUCUGCGGAUGGUGAACACAUUGUCCUGGUUCACACAGAAGAUGACAGAUUCUGGGCUAUGGAUUCAUCCUGUCCCCAUGAAGGAGGCCCUCUUGACCUCGGUGACAUUGAGGACCUGGGAGAUGGGAAGAGGGUGCUGGUCUGUCCCUGGCAUCACUUUGACUUCUGCCUGGAGACAGGUGCCUCUUCCAUGGGACUACAGAACCAGGUGUAUGAGGUCAGAGUUGUCCAAGACAUGAUUUAUAUCAACACACAGAAUGAACUGUGUCUAAGUCCCAUCCCAGAGAUAGACACAACAUCUAAUGGCAAGUUGUCAGCAGAUGAUGUCGAGCCACCACCCUCUGAGGACACACUGUGCUUCUGGGCCACAAAGAUCCUCUGCACACCGGACCCCAAAGAGAAGGUAGCCAUGACGCUGGAGGUCCAGGAGAGGUGGAACAGUGGGGAGAUAACAGAGGUGGGUCAGGCUACACCACCUGUCCAGCCAAGCAGGAAGGAGAACCUGACCGUACUGCAGCCGGGCAAAAUCAAGCGUGGCAAAGGUGGCACACAGGCUAGCAGGAUAGCCCUCCUCCACUCCCUGGCUAACAUAGAGCAGUGGGCUAUAGACCUGUCCUGGGACGUCAUCGCUCGCUUCUCAUCGGUCAGACUGGACACUGGAGAGCCCCUGCCCCGCCAGUUCUUCAGCGACUUUGUCAAAGUGGCCGGAGACGAGGCCAAGCAUUAUCACUUACUAGAGACGAGGAUCACAGAACUCGACAGCUUCUUUGGCGCGUUACCUGUUCAUAAUGGACUGUGGCAGUCAGCAACGGAUACGUCCCACGACCUUCUGGCGAGGCUAGCCAUUGUGCAUAUGGUACAUGAAGCCAGGGGCCUGGAUGUGCACCCCCAGACCCUCUCCCGCUUCGCUGCCCAGGGGGACUGCAGCUCUGUGGAGGUGCUGGAGGUUAUCUACCGGGAUGAGAUCACUCACGUGGCCGCCGGGCUCCGCUGGUUCACCUACAUCUGUUCACAGGAAGAACGGGAUUGCUUAUCUACUUUCCAUUACUUGGUGAAGCAGCACUUCAAAGGUUACCUGAAGCCUCCUUUUAACACAGAGGGUAGGAAGACAGCAGGGAUGACAGAGGAGUGGUACGUGCCUCUUGUAAAGCCUCCCAGUUAACAGACAAUGUCCCCGAAACCAGCAUGCCGUGACAAACACAGCUGCUGCGUCCCAGCGGGUGGGGGGAAGCAGUUUCACACCAAAUCUCAUAACACCUGGAUAAAGGUCCAACUGUUUCUAUUAUAAAGGUUUAAACUCAAACAUGUCAGUAGCCGUAUCAAUGUGGUAUUGCAAUCUAAUAUCUGAGCCCAAUGUAGAUGACGUGGCAUUCGAUCAUUGGUUAAUUUGUGCAGCGCGACUGCAAUGUAGUCGGCCUGGAAGAGUACAUCUCUAAAACAGACCCCACUAUCUCUACAAAUGUGAUAAAUAUUAAAGUCCAAUGCAUAAUGUCAUAGAGCAAAUGACAAAGGCAACAGAA